UUGUUAGAUCAACAAGAAGAAAAUAUAUUAACACAAUUAAUUUCUAAUGAAUUAUUAACUAAGAUUGCAAAUAAUAUUAAUAUUUGUGAAGCUAUUAACAAAGUUAUUCGUGAGAUCACAAAACAAAAAGGAUAUAUU